AUGAGCCAGUUCACGCAAGUAUACAUUGUUCUCGAUGCGCUCGAUGAAUGCACACAGCGCCAUGAAUUGGUGGAUCUGCUCGAGAAAAUAGUUGAUGCGCAGAUUGACAACAUGCAUCUGCUUAUGACCAGCCGGAAAGAGCGUGAGAUCGAAAUAUUGUUGGAAAGGUAUGUAGGCGAAGAAGACACCAUAUGUCUCCAGAGCGACGUAGUGGACGAAGAUAUAAAGAGAUAUAUUCAGGAAAGGCUGUCCACCGAUAAAACUCUGGCAAAAUGGAACAAGGAUGCCGAUACCAGACAAAGGAUUGAGGCUGCACUAAUGAGUGGAGCUUGCGGGAUGUUCCGAUGGGCUGUAUGUCAGCUAGACACCUUAGCAAUUUGCCGUAAUCGAGUGGACCUGUAUAAGGCGUUGGCCACGUUGCCGAAAACGUUAGACCAGACAUAUGACCGCAUUCUCACCGCUAUAAGCGAGAAUGACCGCAAUUACGCGAUGCGCAUCCUGCAGUGGCUGGCGUUCUCUAUGAGGCCAAUGUCGGUAGAAGAGGUUGCAGAAAUUGUCGCUAUCGACGUGGCGCGCGACCCAGCUUUCGAACGCGAUGAAGUGCUAGAAGAUCCACUCGAAGCGCUGAACAUCUGCUCGAGUCUGGUCACAAUUGUGACAACCCAGGUCCUAGAAAUGUCACAAUCUCGACCGGGAUUUCCGAUCAUAGAACGCACCCAGCGGAUUAUCGCUCUGGCACACUAUUCUGUCCGGGAAUACCUUGUGUCUGACAGAUUGAGGCAGGGCCUAGCAAGGCAAUACAGUUUGCAGGAAGCCGAAUGUCACAGUGUGAUAACAAAUGGUUGUUUAAAUUAUCUGCUGCAAUUACCGCGACCACUAUCGAAAGACGUCUUUCAGACAUCGGCGCUGGCACAGUAUGCGGCAGAGUUCUGGAGUAGUCAUCUGACGCAAGCAAGAGAUGACAUGGAAAAAUUAAGCCAACUAGCGAUAGGUCUUAUGUCGACAGAAAGCCUCGCAUACCUCACCUGGCGCCAGUUGUUUAAUCCGGAAAGUCCUUGGGGGGAACCAGUUCUGAACCUACACCUGGAAAGGUUACCAGAACCGCUUUACUAUGCUGCGCUUUUAGGCUUGAAUACGACUACGGAGCUAAUGCUGGGCCAAGGCGCGGAGGUCAAUACACGAGGCGGACGCCAUGGCCAUCCACUCAUAGCAGCUUCACUGAAGGGCCACGAGCAGGUAGUCCGUAUUCUGCUCAAAGCAGGCGCUGACAUCGAUGUGUACAGUAAGGAGGAUGGCUGCCCACUCCUAGCAGCUUCACGGAAUGGUCACGAGCAGGUAGUUCAGAUCCUACUCGAUAACGGGGCAGACAUCAACGCGCAAGGUUGGAGAUCUGGCAAUGCGCUCCAGGCAGCUUCGGCUGCAGGUCACCAAUCAAUAGUACAGCUGCUGCUUGAUAAUGGUGCUGAUUCCAACAAGCAGGGCGGUGAUGGUAAAAAUGCUCUCAAUGAAGCUGCAGGCAGGGGCCAUGUCGCCAUUGUCGAACUCCUACUU